AUGGCCCUCUCCUUCCCUCCUCGUCAACUCUACUACGGUGGCCAGGUGCAACCCGCAUCCUCUGGCAAAACUUUCCAAACACUCAAUCCCGCCACCGCAACCCCGCUGGCUGAUAUCCAAGUAGCCUCGACCUCUGACAUCGAUGCCGCCAUUGGGGCGGCUGAGAAGGCAUUCCCCUCUUGGUCACAGACUCCCCCGAUUGCCCGUGCGCGCAUCCUGCAGAAAGCCGCAAACAUCCUUCGGGAACGCAAUGAUGAGAUCGCUCGCGUGGAGACCUUGGACUCCGGCAAAGCCUAUACAGAGACCAGCACCGUCGAUGUGGUAACUGGUGCCGAUGUCUUGGAGUACUAUGCCAAUUUCAUUGGUGGUGGUGGUUUGAAUGGUGAGACCACCCAAUUGCGGGAGGAUGCUUGGGUGUAUACGAAGAAGGCGCCCCUGGGUGUCUGUGCGGGAAUUGGUGCUUGGAACUAUCCCAUUCAAAUUGCCCUCUGGAAAUCCGCCGCCUGUCUUGCCGCUGGUAACACUAUGGUGUACAAGCCUAGUGAAUUCACACCCCUCCACGGCCUGACUCUUGCCGAGGUCUAUACCGAAGCCGGUUUACCUGCUGGUGUUUUCAAUGUCAUCAACGGCGCUGGCGACGUUGGUGCUCAUCUGACCAGCCACCCAACCAUUGCCAAGGUCUCCUUCACCGGCCAAGUAGCAACCGGUAUGAAGGUAGCAGGCUCAGCUUCCGGCAACAUGAAAUACAUCACCAUGGAACUGGGCGGCAAGAGUCCAUUGAUCGUCUGCCCAGACGCCGAUCUCGAGAGCGCAGUCGACGGAGCUAUGAUGGCCAACUUCUACAGCACAGGCCAGGUCUGCACAAAUGGCACCCGAGUCUUCGUUCCCCGAUCUAUGAAGGCUGUCUUUGAGAAGCGUCUGUUGGAGAAGAUCCCAUUCGUGCGGGCUGGACCCCUCUUCGACGAACAGACAAACUUUGGGCCCCUGAGCUCAGCCGUUCACCACGAGAAGGUCAUCUCAUACAUCCGUAACGGUAUUGAAAAGGACCGUGCUACUCUUCUCUGUGGUGGACCCGAGAAACCCAAUGUGCCUCAAGAUCUGCAAGCCGGAUACUGGGUCAAGCCCACUAUUUUCACCGACUGCACUGAUUCCAUGAGUAUUGUCAAGGAAGAGAUCUUCGGACCCGUCAUGUCCGUGCUAUACUAUGAUACCGUUGAGGAGGCGGUGCAGCGCGCCAACGCCACAGAGCUUGGUCUCGCCGCCGGUGUUUUCACUAAGGAUCUGAACCAGGCACACCGCGUCAUUGACCAGCUUCAAGCUGGUAUCACCUGGAUCAACACCUGGGGUGAGAGUCCGGCUGAGAUGGCCGUUGGUGGCUGGAAGAAGAGUGGUUUGGGUGUUGAGAAUGGCCGUCGCGGCAUUGAGGCUUGGCUGCAGAACAAGAGCACUUUGGUUGAUAUGAGCGGGGCUGUUGCGACUGUUUUUGCCAAGCUGUAA